UCUUGCUAGCAACGCCUCCAGUCAGGACGCUUUCGGCGGGUUCCGUUAAAAUGGCUGUUACUGAGAGUGAAAACCCAAAGCAAGAACAAUCGUAGUGGGUACAACUGCAUCCAGUAGUAUCGCUGGUGUCUGAUAAGGAAAACUAAAGACUGCAACGCAAUGGCUGCCCUCGAUCAAAAGUCCCCCAACGUCCUUCUCCAAAGUCUUUGCUGCAGGAUCACUGGAAAGAGCGAAGCUGAAGUAGCCCACCAGUUCCAGUAUGCUGUGAGAGUCGUCGGGAGUAACUAUGCUCCCACCAUUGAGAGGGAUGAGUUCCUAGUGUCAGAGAAGAUCAAAAAAGAACUGCUGAAGCAGAGGAGAGAGGGUGACGCUGCCCUGUUCUCUGAGCUCCACAGAAAGCUGCAGACUCAGGGGGUGCUGAAACACAGGUGGUCCGUCUUAUACCUGCUGCUCAGUCUAUGUGAGGACCCCAGGAAACCGUCCAGGGUUGGCAGCUAUGGGGCGCUGUUUGCCCAGGCCCUCCCCAGGGACGCCCACUCCACCCCGUUCUACUGCACUCGGCCCGGGAGCCUGCCCCUCAGCUACCCCGAGCGCUCGGGGCCCGGGGGCUCCCAGAUCUCCACCAGCAUGGGCACCAGUGGCAUCAGCAGCCUGGGGGUGUACUCCCUCAACGGGCCCACACCCACCCCUCAGCCCCUGCUGGCUGGACAUCCACCCCAGACAGCAGGGCAGCAGCUGGGCUCUCGGCUGGCGUGGGCCCUCCCCAACACCUCCGCCCCAGCACCUACCUCACGGGCCCCGCUCGGCCCCCCACCCCUGUCCACCCGGGCCCCCAGGCCACGCCAUGACGGGGACCUCACUGCGGAGGUUGGUGAGGCUGCACUGGUCAGAGACAUCCUGUAUGUCUUCCAGGGUAUCGACGGCAAGUUCAUUAAGAUGAGCAACACAGACAACUGCUACAAGAUGGACUCCAAGGUGGUGGUGUGUAAGUCUCUGAGGGACACCAGUAGCCGAUUGGCUGAGCUGGGCUGGCUCCACAACAAGAUCAGGAAGUACACUGACUCUCGCAGUCUGGACCGAGCCUUUGGCCUGGUGGGACAGAGCUUCUGUGCCUCCCUGCAUCAGGAACUGAAGGAGUACUACAGACUUCUGGCAGUGCUGCACUCACAGUUGCAGGUGGAGGAUGACCAGGGAGUGAACCUGGGAGUGGAGAGCAGUCUGACCCUCAGACGUCUCCUAGUCUGGACCUACGACCCGAAAGUCCGCCUCAAAACCCUGGCUGCCCUCGUUGACUUCUGCCAAGGGAGGAAGGGAGGGGAACUGGCGUCAGCGGUCCAUGCCUAUGGGAAGACAGGGGACCCUCAGAUGAGAGCUCUGGUGCAGCACAUCCUCAGCCUGGUGUCACAUCCCAUCCUCAACUUCCUCUACCGCUGGAUCUACGACGGAGAGCUGGAGGACACUUACCAUGAGUUCUUUGUGGCGUCUGAUCCCACGGUGAAGACAGACAGACUGUGGCACGACAAGUACUCACUGAGGAAGUCCAUGAUACCCACCUUCAUCACCAUGGACCAGGCCCGCAAGGUUCUGCUCAUUGGAAAGUCCAUUAACUUCCUGCAUCAGGUGUGCCAUGACAGAACCUCACCAGGGAAAAUCACCCCGGCCUCCAAGUCUACAGACUCCCCCAAAGAUGCUGCAGAGCUGUUAUCAGACCUGGAGGGGGCGUUCCAGGGGAAGAUAGAUGCAGCCUACUUUGAAACCAGCAAGUACCUGCUGAAUGUGCUCAACCAGAACUAUCUGCUGCUGGAGCACCUGCAGGCCAUGAGACGAUACCUGCUGCUGGGCCAGGGAGACUUCAUACGCCACCUCAUGGACCUGCUAAAACCAGAGCUGGCCCGCCCAGCCACCACUCUGUACCAACACAACCUGACAGGCAUCCUGGAGACAGCCGUGAGGGCCACCAACGCCCAGUAUGACAACGCUGAGAUCCUCAAGAGACUGGACGUACGCCUGCUGGAGGUGUCUCCCGGAGAUACGGGCUGGGAUGUCUUCAGUUUAGACUACCACGUAGAGGGUCCUAUCGCCACGGUGUUCACACGGGAGUGCAUGAGCCACUACCUGCGGGUGUUCAACUUCCUGUGGCGAGCCAAGCGUAUGGAGUACAUCCUCACCGACAUCUGGAAGGGACAGAUGUGCAACGCCAAGCUGCUUAAGAGCAUGCCAGAGCUGUCUGGCGUGCUGCACCAGUGCCACAUCCUGGCCAAUGAGAUGGUCCACUUCAUCCACCAGAUGCAGUACUACAUCACCUUCGAGGUGCUAGAGUGUUGUUGGGAUGAGUUGUGGAACAAGGUAGAGAAGGCCCAGGAUCUAGACCACAUCAUCGCUGCCCACGAAAGAUUCUUAGACUCUGUCAUCUCCCGCUGCCUCCUGGACACCAACAGCAGGUCCUUGUUGAACCAGCUGAGAGCGAUCUUUGACCAGAUCAUAGAGUUCCAGAGUGCCCAGGACUCUCUGUACCGCUCUGCCCUGGAGGAACUCGCCCUGCGGCUGCAGUACGAGGAGCGGAAGAAGCAGAGGGAUUCUGAGGGUGAGUGGGGCGUGACUGCUGAAGAGGAGGCAGAGGAGAACAGGAGGAUCCAAGAGUUCCAGGAGACCAUACCAAAAAUGCGCUCUCAGCUACGGAUACUAACACACUUCUACCAGGGCAUAGUGCAGCAGUUCCUGGUGCUGAUAAUGACUAGUCCAGAUGAGAGCCUGCGCUUCCUCAGCUUCAGACUGGACUUCAACGAGCACUACCGGGCCAGAGACCCCCGUCUGAGGGCCUCGCUGGGGACCACCAGGGGCCGACGGCCCUCCAACAUCUGACCUGACGCACACCACCAUGUCACAACAUGGGGACAGAGAGCCACACAGAAUCUGCCUUGAUAGUAUUUAUAUAUGACAUGAAGAUGACAUUAAAUUCGGGCUAGAUGGAAUCUGUUGUGAUGACAUCACAAUAGAACCAGACAGAACAUUGACAUCACAAAAGAGCCAGACAGAAUCUGUUGUGAUGACAUCAUAAUAGAGCCAGGUGGAGAUGAUGCCGCAUUCAAAACAACGAGGAACUCUGAAAUCUCUGACUUCAUUGUGUUCAAAACAACUGGGAACUCUGUAAAAAAAAAACAAGCUCCAACUUGGAAAACCCAUUUUGAGCGGUCAUCCAACUCGGAAUUCCAAGUCGGGAACUCGGGGCAUCUUUCCAGAGCUCUGACAUUCCGACCUGAUGAUCACUGACGUCAUGAUUUGACAUAGUUUUUAUCUGAAUUCCCAGUUGUCUUGAACGCAGAAUAAGAGGAUGAUGUAGUGGUGACUUCACAGAUUCCAUUUGUCCCUGCAUUUUAACACCUCAAGACAAAUAGGGCUAACUGGGAUUCAUUUCACUAUGACAUAAACAAACAGAACAUUUUGAAACCCUGCCUCCUCCCCAAUGUCAUUGGCAAAUUACUCACACAAACAAACACACACGCUCAAUUCACCAUACACACACACACAUCCACGUUUCCCACUCUUCACAGUCCCCUCUUGGGAGGUGUGGUUUUAGAAGCCUGUCAUUUUAGUAGUCUGCCUCCAGCCUCCAGCUGUUUUCACCCUCACCUCUUUGAGGUGUCUGAUAGGCUACCAUCACCGUGUGAAUUUCAUAUUGUACAUUUGAUAAUGAACAGAAUGUCUUGAUUUGAUUGGUUUGUUUAGAUGUUCUGUGAAUAUUUUUUUUUGUUUUUCUUACUGACGUUUGUUUAUUUUUCAUACCAGUGUCUUAAAGUCUGCGGUGUGUUUUUAUAACUGUUAAUAAACACUUAUAGCUGUUUAACAACUGUGUUAUGGAACCAACACAGCAGGCUCCCACCCACCUCUCUAAAGAGAUUCAAGAACAAUGCCCACAGCCCCUAAGGCUAAAAGACGGACAGACGUUAGGAUUUUAUAGGUGUUUUGUAUUAUUUAACUGGGUUUCUCUUGAUUCUCCUUGCAGACUAUGGCCUCUGUUCUGCAUGUCAAACUGUCAUGUUGAACCAGCUCAAUUCCUUAAUUGUACAAGACAGAUUUGUCAAAAGUGUUGCACCCAACUUAUGCCACUUUUCUCUUCUGACCACUCAGACAAACCUGGGAAAAUACUUUUGUCAUACUGCGACAUUAAACCUUGAAGAAGCUACAAGUGGAAUGGUGACAUAACUAGCCAUUCAAAACCCCCCUAUGAUGGACUAUACACCCGAAUACUACAGUAUCUCAAUAGUCAGAGGUGGCUUCCUCACCUCCCUUCCCUUUUCACUGAUCCGAAAGCGAUAUGCAAGAUGCUUACCAGGACUUGCUUUCAUUCACCUGUCAGCAGAGCAGGUGAAUGAAAGGAGGCAAGGAAGCUAUUGGAUGCGUCCUAAAUGGCACCAUACAAAAUAGGGUGCCAUUAGAGAUGCACCCUUUAGUGUUUUAACCUCUCCCAGCAGGCUCCCCUGUCUUUCUGUCCAAUCACAAGUUCUCAUCGGGGCGUGCCAAGAGAAGAUGCUACUGCAAGACCUCUGUCUGUAAAUCCUGUCCAUUGUAUAGCACAGAUGUAUAGAAAUGACAUGCCAUGGACACAAACAUCCUGUCAUCUCUUUAAUAAUAAAGUCAAGUUUUUUACACUUUG